AUGACGUUCAAGCAAGCGUCCAUGAUGGCCCCGGAAGCCAUGGCCACCACAAUGCCCAUGGCCACAAUGGAGAACUCCACUGAGGCCGCAGGGCCAGGCGAGAGCAAGGAGGACAUGUUCACCAAGCUGAGGGACAAGUUCAUGAAUGAGCUCAACAAGAUCCCCUUGCCACCCUGGGCCCUCAUUGCCAUUGCGGUGGUAGCCGGACUCCUCAUCCUCACCUGCUGCUUCUGCAUCUGCAAGAAGUGCUGCUGCAAGAAGAAGAAGAACAAGAAGGAGAAGGGCAAAGGCAUGAAGAAUGCCAUGAACAUGAAGGACAUGAAGUCAGGGAACCAGGAUGAUGAUGAUGCAGAGAUGGGUCUGACGGAAGGGGAAGGUGAGGAGGAGGAGAAGGAGCCGGAGAACCUGGGAAAACUGCAGUUCUCACUGGACUACGAUUUCCAGGCAAACCAGCUUACAGUGGGGAUCCUCCAAGCUGCCGAACUGCCAGCUUUGGACAUGGGUGGCACCUCAGACCCGUACGUCAAGGUAUUCCUGCUCCCUGACAAGAAGAAAAAGUAUGAGACCAAAGUGCAGAAGAAGACACUCAAUCCUGCCUUCAACGAGACCUUCACCUUCAAGGUCCCCUACCAGGAACUGGGUGGGAAGACACUGGUGAUGGCCAUCUACGACUUCGAUCGCUUCUCCAAGCAUGACAUCAUUGGUGAGGUGAAGGUGCCCAUGAACACAGUGGACCUGGGCCAGCCUAUCGAGGAGUGGCGAGACCUACAGAGCGGCGAGAAGGAGGAGCCAGAGAAGCUAGGAGAUAUCUGCAUCUCCCUCCGGUACGUGCCCACAGCCGGGAAACUCACUGUCUGCAUCCUGGAGGCCAAGAACCUGAAGAAGAUGGAUGUUGGGGGUCUCUCAGAUCCCUACGUGAAGAUCCACCUGCUGCAGAACGGCAAGAGGUUGAAGAAGAAGAAGACCACAGUCAAGAAGAAGACCCUGAACCCCUACUUCAACGAGUCCUUCAGCUUUGAGAUCCCCUUUGAGCAGAUACAGAAAGUGCAGGUGGUUAUCACGGUGCUGGACUAUGACAAGCUGGGGAAGAAUGAAGCCAUCGGCAAGAUCUUCACGGGCUGCAACGCCACCGGCACGGAGCUGCGGCACUGGUCCGACAUGCUGGCCAACCCCCGGCGGCCCAUUGCCCAGUGGCACUCGCUGAAGCCAGAGGAAGAAGUAGAUGCAGCUAUCGGGAAAAACAAAUAG